AUGGUUGACAAGUCUGCGAUCCGGAUCCGCCCAUACACAGAAGCAGACCGGGGCCAAGUCCACGAGACCCUCUUCCUAGGCUUUUCCAUGGUCGGCGACCGCAUCGUCCAAAAGACCGUCCGCCACCGCACCACCGCCCUCUCCAUCCUCACCAAAUCCGUCAUCUAUACCCUCGUCCUCGAACUCCUCCUCGUCACCCUCUCCGCCGUCGGCAACAACUCCACCACAGGAACAGGAAUAGGAGGAAUGAUGGGUGAUUUCACGGCGCUGCAGGAGGCAUUGAUGGAACCUACGACUGUCCAGGGGAUGGUGGGUCAGUUCUUGAAGCCCUCGUUCUUGCUGUUGGGAGCUGGGAUUACAGUCUUGGUGACGCUGGCGACGCUUUAUUCGAUCUAUUCCCGUAACCUGAAGGAAACUCAGGCCUAUAUCCAAGGUUGUUUGGAUGAGGAUCUGGGCGAUAUUGUUGCCUACUACCAAAAGGACGUCUCUACUGUCGAGAAGCAGGACAAGGACAGCAAGGCAAACGGGAACAAAACGGGACAGCAGACCAAGAAGAAGAACAGAUCGCAGUUUUGGGUUGCAUGCCUCGAAUCCCACCCGCAACUGGUCCUGGGCUGCAUCUCCCUCGACGACGUGGCAUUCCACUCUGAAUCCCUUCUCUCCAAGCACCUCAAACAAGGUUCUCCCGCCACUUCUUUCGAAGAGCCCUCAGAAUUCGAUGCCGAGUUACGCCGUCUCUCAGUCCACCCCAACUACCGUCGUCUCGGUAUCGCCAAACUCCUGAUCCAGACCUUGAAGGACUCUGCAAAGAAGCAAGGGUUCAAGCGAGUGAUCUUGUCGACGACGAUUCACCAGAGCGAGGCCUUGGUGGGGUAUAUUCGAUUUGGAUUCGAGCGGGAAAAGUUGGUAAGGAUCUCAGAGUUCUUUACGCUUUGGUAUGGUUCUUUGAAGCUUAAUGCCACGGCCAAGGAGGUUGAGGAGCAGAAAGAGAAUCAGGCGUUGUUUUUGAAGGAGGUUGGGUUGUUGAACUGA